UUCCGAUGAUAUGGAACUUCUAAAAUAAACCCUUAAUUACAUUUUUUUAAUUAAACGAUAAAAUAUUAAACAAUGAAAUUACCAUUAGAGCUCUUUUCUUAAUGAAAUGACAAAAUAAAGAUACUAAUGAUGAUAAAUAAAAUGAUUCAGCUUUGUUAAUUAUAGAAAGAUAUUUUGUCACUUUCGCCUUUUUAUUCAAAGGUUUUAUGAAUUUCACACAGAACAAGAUGAUAAAAGGGUGAUACAAAAGAUUAAAAAAGAAUUCAAUAGUAGUUUUUUUUUAAAUUUUCGCAUCUGAGACGGAAUCCCCCCUUUACGCCCGCGCACUGAGUAAAAAUUGUUUACGGCUUAGUGCCUGUGAAAGCAGAUGCAACAUUGGAGCACGUUACGUAACAAGCCGAUAACCAUCGAUUUGAUCCGCUCUCCGGCAAACAGGUGCGUGUCCAUUUUAUAGGGGAGAGAUCGUGGAGGAGAAAAAGAAACGCAACAAUCUUGACGUGGUCAGAAAUGUUCUAAUCUCUUUCGAGCAGUUCCUAAAACAUUGGAGAUUUUAAAAUCAUAUUUCAUCACUAAAGAACAAUUUUUUUUCAGAUAGUGAUUAUAUUUCGUUUAUCAUUAUUAUUAUUUUUUUAUUAUUUGUUUUUUUUUACGUGCCAUAUUUCCCUUUUCUUCUCCCCCAAUUGGUCAUGCUCGUAUGUGCGAUUCCUAAUCCAUAAUUUAUGUUUUCUCUUUGACAGGAAGUUUCAGAAGAAAUCAACAUGGCCAUGCUGUAGCUGAGAGGUUCCGGCGAUCUGCUAUUCCGGUUUCUUAAGCAAUAUUUCUCACAGUUGUAGUUUAUCGUCAUAAUAUGAGGUCAUAAUUUGAUAACAGCAUGGAUACAUGCAUUUUGAUCCCGAGCGACUUUGCUCUCCGCUUUGAAAAUCACAACGUUCUCGAUAGGAAACGUGCGAUCAAGGCAGCCGGCAUGGACACUGUGCCAAAACCGAGUAUUUAUGCGAGCAGAGAUAUUGUUCCUGGGACGAUCUACAGGCCCGACCAGGGCGUGAUCAAGGUGGAGAAGCUGCCCAGACUGGAUCUCUUACCGGAGGGAGACCUGCGGUUUACAUAUGGCUGCCAUGAUGAAAUAGCUCAUAUGGGCCUUGAGAAAGUCAGGCAUUGCAACUGGAUAAGAUUUCUGGAUACCUCAACAGAUCCAGAGUGCAUAAACACAGUUGCUUACAAAGAACAGGAGAAAGUGCUAUACAAGACAACAAAGCACAUAAAACAAGGACAGAAACUUGUGGCACAUCUUGAAGGUACUGAUAACAAAAUGAUGGAUACACAAAUGCAUAAUACGGACAGUGUACAACAGGAGAGGGAAUGCGUGAUAAAGAUAUUAAAUGUUAAGUCGGAAUAUAAACAAGGAAUUGAAAUGGAGAUGAGAAAUGCACAGCAGUCAGAAACACCAGAAACCAAGACAGAAACAAAUUUAACAUAUGAGAAGAACAACUUGUCAUCCAUUCCAUCUCGUCUUUAUUCUCAUGGUGUCCGUAGCUUGAUAACCCCGCCAAAUUCUGAUAAAGAUGAAGAGACAAGGUCCACGUACAGUGAUACUGCGAUAUCAGAGGAUGACAGGAGUCCUGGAAUGGAGGAGGGAGCUUUUGAGUUCCCUGGCAAUGGUCAGCCAGUGAAGAGAAACCGAGAACGCACCUGGCUACCCUGCGAGGUGUGUGGGAAAAAAUUUGAUCGUCCCUCUUUAUUAAGAAGACACAUGAGGACACACACAGGAGAAAAACCUCAUGCGUGUGACAUCUGCGGCAAGGCAUUUUCUACCUCCAGUUCACUUAAUACACAUCGUAGGAUACACUCAGGAGAGAAGCCUCAUGAGUGUAAGACCUGUGGAAAGAGAUUCACUGCCAGCUCCAACCUAUACUACCACAGAAUGACGCAUAAUAAGGAGAAACCUCACAAAUGCUCCUUGUGUUCUAAAUCGUUUCCAACUCCUGGCGACCUGAAAAGUCACAUGUAUGUACACAAUGGCUCCUGGCCAUUCAAAUGUGACAUCUGUAACAGAGGGUUCAGCAAGCAAACCAAUCUUAAGAACCACCUGAUGCUUCAUACUGGUGACAAGCCUCAUGAGUGCCAUUUAUGUGGGAAAAGGUUUGCUCUGCAGUGUAACCUAAAGACACACUUCAAAACACAUGAAGGAGAGUCUCAAGAGCAUUGUAUUAAAUGUGGCCGGGCCUCCCUUGUUAGUGCUCAGAGGUUGUACCAUGGCUACUGCCAGGCCUGUCUCAACCACAGUCUCAGUCACAGCAGUCUCACCAGUAGCAGUCUACCAACUCCCCCGGCUCCUCCUGGCACAGUGCAGCAUCUCCAUCCUGCUGUGUCGCCACCUAUUGGACGUUUACCUCCACCUGUACUUCAGCCAUUACCUCCAGGGCUACUGAGCAUGCCAGGACCUAUGGUACGCUCCCCCCCAGUGGUCAAAAGAGCAUCGCCAAAAUCUUUCGCGAUCGAUGAUAUUCUUGGUAGGAAGGAUGUGAAGAGAGAGGAAACAGCACCGGCAACAUCAAGUCCGCCUUCAUCAUCAGUAACUGUUUCUUCCUCCAUGACAAGAGAGCAGUACUCCAUGCCUGUUGCAUUUAGACCCCUAUUGGCUAGUUCAUCGGCAGGACAUGGGACAAUGUUUCCAUUACCUCCAGUUUAUGUGAACGGCAUGAUUGAAGCAAGCGCCGCCAGUAGUAAAAACACUUCCCCUCUCGGCAUUCACAUUCCUGGUUUUACAAAUCCCUAUCAAGCUUUUCCAAUGGGACUGUCACACCCUUAUGGCCCCAUUCCGAGUAUUUAUGGUGAUCAUUCCAGAAAACUUGCUCUGGGUGGACAACACUUCUGAUGACUUAAAAGCUCAGUAAAGUUUUGUCACUGUGCAGUAUGUUUAGUUAAAAAAUGUGAUUACAUGUGACUGUUAGAAUAGAGCCAAUAGAACAUGGGUGGUACAAUUAGAUUGCAACCCUUGCUCAAUUAGUACAUUAAAAAGGCACUCUACCUAAUUUUUUUCCCUGUUAUUGUCCUUUUGUGUAUAGGGUAGCAAUGUCAAUAUGCAAUCAAAAAAAUUGUAACUAGCACAGAAAUUAAAUGUUGUUUUAUUUCAAAUGUUGAAAAAGUUGUUACUGAUUUAAUGUUUGUUAUACAGUUAACAGGAAACUUGUUUUUGAUUACAAAAUCUGUUGAUUCAGGGUUGUGUGAAGGAGGCAGCAAAAGUUUUACUCUAGUCAGUUUCAAAAACUAUAUAGAAAUAUAGUGACAGUCAUUGGAAUAAAUAAGGGUGAUUCAAACCAGGUUUCUAAAUGUUAAAUAUAAUUUACAAUGGCAUAUUAAUGUUGCUAGUAAAUUGUACAUAGGACUGCUCAAUGUAUGGGGUAUAUAGUUGGCCAUUUUUUCAUCUACCUCAAAAUUUUCAAACAUAAUCACCCAUUUAUUUAUUUAUUAAGGUAGUUGUGACGAUUUAUCUGGUGGGUUUAAGAAGUGGUAGAUACUAUCACAUUGCAAUACACAAUACCAAGUCACUUAUACAUUUUUCUUGUAAAAUAAUGGUGGGAUUUUCAGAGAAACUGAUAUUGGGAGGGGGACUAAAAUUAUUAAACGUACAAUUUCAUAGUGGUUAUAUGGGAUUUGAACAGUCUAAUUACGUUUGUGAAUGCAAAUGAUAUUGUUAUAAUUUUCUGUCUGAAUGUAGGUAAUUGUUUUGUCAGUGACAUAUCCAUAAAGUCCAGAAAGAAUUAGUCAUUAGUUACUUUGUCACAUACAUGUGAUACAUUCAAGAAACUGACAUGUACGUACAUACCUGUUAUUAUCAGGGAGUUGGAAUAUUUUACAUCAAGAGUUUAUAGCCUUGCCAACUUUGAGAUUGCCUGAAUUACUUUUUUUAUUCAAUUUCAAAGCCAUUUUGACUAAGAGUCAAAUGUAAGAAAUCUCAUUUAAAAAGAAACUAGUCAGUAUUAUAUGGGAGCAGUAUUACCUUUUUUCUCUUUUUCUUUUUUACAUAAAUCAUUUGCUCAGAAUAUCUAGCCGGUGCCAGCUUUUUCUCUUUUUGUCGAAUGC